AUGUCCGAAGAUACCGAAUCUGAGACGGAAUUUCUCACUCAAGUGUUUCCUGUACCUGAAUCGGACACCGACGAACCACCAGAUCCACAAAAGGCACUUACUUCCCCGGAGGACUAUAUUCGAUUUGUUCGACACGAGGCCGAAUCCUAUCCGGCCGUAUUCUAUUCCCCUGCGCUUCUGACAGAAAACCAGAGUAACGCUGUUUGUGUCCAAGAAAAUGUGUUUCAGUCACCUGUUUCUUCCACAGAACAAGAGGUGACGUGGACCAGUUUGUUUAUGGAAGCGGUCGAGGGUCCAUGGAUUUUUGCAUUACUGGUUGCAUUGGAGAAACCAAUUCAUCCGGACACAUAUCACACAUUACGAACAAUUGCAAAGCGAUGCCGAAAGCUGAAAAAGGAACUGGGCGAAUCAUUGUCAAAAGCGGAAAUUCAGUUGUUCGACUUAUGUCCGUAUCUGGUAGCCAAAGUGUUCGGUCAGUUGGAUCUGCUACUACCACCCCCGGAUGAUUGA